UUUAUAACUUAGUGUGCUGAUUAUUGCUGAUGCGUCCAACGAAAAUGUUCCUGCUUCAAGUACGAUUCAAAAAACGAGACUAGGUUUCAAACGGAUUCCUGCUCAGAAGAAAUUAGCGUGGAAAAGCAUGUCCGAGUUGUAGCUGCAAAACCCAAAUACUCGUAAGGAUUUAAAAGAUACAGUAGCAGACGCAGAAGGAAGUUACAGAGAGAGCAGGGAAUAUGAUGCAACAGCAGCCAAGCCCUAACAUAGCUUCUCCCUCCACGUCCUUUCUAAGCCCUCGCUCCUCCCCUCUCUUCGCUGCGUCACUCGAUCAAGAAAAUCCUAACACUCCUUACGAAUACAAACCAGGAGACAAUAAUAAUAAUUAUGUGCAGUAUCAACAGGAAAGUGAGGAGAAAGAGAAUGAGAAGCAGGCGCCACCGAAACAGGUAGCACAGGCGAUGGAACGCCUCGCACAAGCGGGUCGUCUGGUAGCUCAAUUCAGAAUGGGCGGAGACCGCUUUACAGAGGCUCUCUUUACUGGUCUUUCCUUGAAACAAAGGGAUCCGGAUACUGAUAAGGUCACUGUCCAGCUCAUUGCUUCGGAAGAAGCUUCUAUGCGCAACUGCUUGGAGGAGCUUAGAACCUUAGGUAUGACGUUGGAGGCUUCAGGAGUUAUGAUUGGAGCCUUACAAAGGCUGCAAGAAAGUCCUUCUUGGGGUUUGCAUAUGCCUCUUGUUUGCCCUGAUGGUGCUGUUGUUGCAUAUGCCUGGAAGCGUCAGCUUGCAGGUCAAGCUGCUGCAUCAGCUGUAGAUAGGACCAGAUUAGCUCUUAAAGCUUUUACAGAUCAGAAGAGACGUUUCUUUCCUCACCUUGAAGAACAUACACUAGGGAAUGAUUCAGAUGGUGAAAUCCAUUCUACGAAGAGGCCUUGCACUUCUCUACUGGGAAUAAGGAAUAGAAAACAAGAUAUAGUUAAUGAAUCAGAUCAGGAACUGAGUCUUUCUGAUGUGUUAAAGUGUGUUGAUGCCGAUGCACCUGCCAUGAAAAUAUCCAUAUAUCAACGGUUGGAAUGGUUCAAAAAAGCUUCUUCACUUGCAUUAAAGGGUAAUAGUUUUUUAGAGUUGAGCAAGCAAGAACAGAGUCAACCAUUGGCUAAACUAGGCACACAAACAGGAGGGCAAACAAUUUCAGGUUCAGUGCCCCUAGAUCAGAUUUCAGUUUUGGAUGUGUACGUUCCCUCAGUUUUCAGAGCUAUCAUAUCACUUACACCUGCAGGUUCUACCAUUCCUGAUGCUGUAGCUUUCUUCUCUCCAGAUGAGGUUGGAAGCUAUAUGCAUGCAAGAGGAGUGUCAAUUCAUAAUAUUUACCAACAAAUGUCGAAAUAUGGAGAAAAGGUUUUGCAAUAUUUUGUUCGUGUUCGCCCACAAUCAUCUUUGGAUCUUCUUUUGCGCUGGUUAAAUACAUAUCAAUCACUGUUUACAAAACCUUGCAGUAAAUGUGAGCGAAUUUUAGCAAUGGAUCAAGUUUCAGCUUUAUUGUUGCCGCCUGUGAUUCGUCCACAUCAAGAUUUGCUUCUACACAAGAAUCCUUCAAGUGUGUUGACAACAAAUGCUAAAGAUCCCAGUACGGAUGUAGAAAAGGCAUUCCAUGUGGGCUGUUUAGUAGAAGAGGAGUAUAUUUUGUAAACUUAAACAAGUGAAGAACUAAAUGUAGAUUCUCUUGAGAUAAAGGCAGCAAGGCCUUUUAUCCAUAUUGUUCAAUCCUUAUGGUGAAUGAUCUGUGGAGGUUUCUUAUGUAAAUUUAAAUCAUUGAUGAAUAUUGUAUUUCAUUUGACAAUUGAUUUAUUUCUGUAAAUAGGGCAAUCUUUUUGGACACUGACCUUGAUGAUAUAAGUACAGAACGUUUUGAAUUUGUUUUCCUGAAA